CACAGAAACCCUCCGAGUGCGUACAGACUCCAUGGAUCAGGGCAAUUUGCAGCACUGUUGAGUUUGUGUGCAAAACCCUCCUCGCACCCUCCAUCUUUGAUCAUGCAUCUUUGAGAGGGGGGGGGUUAUCUUUUCCAGCAAGAGGAAGGGAAACGAUUGAUCACUUUCCUUUGGUGUUGGUUUCUAUUUCUUUUCACAAGAUGAUGUUUUCGUCUGCAGGAAAGCGCUGCUUCACGAUAGAGUCUCUGGUGGCCAAAGAGAACCCUCUAACAGCCGAGGAUCCCAUCCGUCCGACGGCUUUAAGUUACUCUAACCCGACGACAGAUGCCUUAAUGAACGGUUACCAGGGUCCACCGGCCAGGUCCCUCUACCAGAGCCCGGACCUGGUGUUCCCAGAGACGGUAAACCAUCCCUCCCUCACCGUGGCUCCACACCAGCUCGGAGGCUCCCACCUACAGCAUCCGCACUUCUUCGGGACACAACACCGAGACCCGCUCAACUUCUACCCCUGGGUCCUACGGAACAGGUUUUUCGGACACAGAUUUCAAGGUAACGAUGUGUCCCAGGACAGCCUGCUCCUCCACGGUCCUUUUGCCAGGAAACCCAAACGCAUCCGGACGGCCUUCUCUCCCUCGCAGCUCCUCCGUCUGGAGAGAGCCUUCGAGAAGAAUCACUAUGUGGUGGGAGCCGAGAGGAAGCAGCUCGCGAACAGCUUGAGUUUAUCUGAAACACAGGUGAAGGUGUGGUUCCAGAACAGGCGGACCAAGUACAAGCGGCAGAAGCUGGAGGAGGAGGGACCAGACAGCCAGCAGAAGAAGAAGGGGAACCACCACAUCAACAGAUGGCGCAUCGCCACCAAGCAGGCCAGCUCCGAGGACAUUGACGUGACCUCAGAGGACUAAAACCUCGGUCCAACCCCCCGACAACGCUGCCCUAAAACCCGCGUCCCCUUCUGACGCAUCAGAGGACCAACACUAUUUAUUAUGUAAUAUUAUUAAGUAUAAUUAGACACAUUAGAGGAAGACGCACACGGACUAAAUAUGUGAUCACCACACAUCUCUUCAUCGAGGUGCUAUACUCAGUGACACUGGAAGAAAGAAAAAAAAAACACAUCUUAUUUAAUGACAUCCAUCCUGAAUGACUCUUGAUGAGGAGACAUCCCUCCAUCGUUUAAUGAUCUUUGGUGUGUGACAACCAAAGAUGAAGAGAAACAACGUCAACCUCGAUCAUAGUGUUUUUUUUUUUUUGUUUUUUUUUUUAUUGUACAUAGGCCACUGUAUGAAAGGUUGUUUUUGAAAGAGGCUAUUUGUUUCAUUAAAGCUGUUUUUACCACCUGCUUAGGUCAUUAACACCUCAUUGCUCAACCCACCCACUCCGCCACCUGUGUACCGUGUUAAUUUAAAUUUUAUCCUCAAUGACGAGAAACGUGUUGUCGCACACUUUUAAUCCACGCAGUGAGUCGGAGAACGGCUUGGUGACUGGCCAGAAGAACAAAACAGGAAAUGAACCGUGUGUCAGAAAGACAAGAUGCAAAUCUGUCGGUCUCUGCAUGAUUUGAUUUUUUUUUAACUUUUGUGACUUGAGAGCCUUUUCCGGCGCUCUGUUACGCUCCCUAAUGAAGAUCCUCCACAGAGAGGCGAUUCAUGGCCAGCUGUGCAUGACUCUGGGACAGAUGAGAAGCUGCAGAGACCCCUGGUGUUAGGGGCGAGUUGUGCCACAUAAUAAAAGCAAGUUCACAGCUAUGUGCUUCGUCUGCCAUGCCACAUUUGUCACUGACGGAUGACAUCUCGCCAUUUGUUGAAUGUCUGCAUUUGCCUAAUUUCAUUGAGCGCAGUGUGUGGUAUAAAACAUGAGAACAUACUU